UCACUCCAACUGCUCGCAACUGUGGUACUCAUACACGACAGUUAGUCAGAGAAACAUACCACAGUGUAAAUCCAAGGACAACAACAGUAUAACAGGACAGUCGGCACUCCAGGAUGAAUUUCGCUGCUCAGAUUUUCUAUGCAAAUUAUAUCGGUGAUGGGUCACCAAAGCGAGUGGAAUUCAGCGACAAUGAAGAGUAUGACCCCUUCUGGCAAAGCAAGGAAGAGCGUUUAAGCCCCAAGAAAAUAACUACCUCAGCCCAAGAUGGUCAUUGUGAGAAGAAAUGCCCCGUCAGCAAUGGUGCUGUGGGCCGUCGACCUACACUCAUUUGUCCUGAACGUCUUAAGGACUUUGGUGCAGAGGAAUACCUCAAUGGGGAUGUAAAAUUUUCUGAAUCUAAGGUGGCGAAGGCACCAGAGAUACAACUAAUGUGCCCAGUCAAGCCGAGCAAAAAGUGUGGCAGUGUGUGCACAUCCACAAUCAACCUUCCUGCUGAGUACCUUCGCUUUGAAGAGAUUAGCAUGGCAGCAUUUAAAAUUCAGCCAGGGGUGCAAAAGACGCCAUGCACAUACUCUAGGUUGUCCAAGCAAUAUGGCAUGGAGAUCUUCAUGAAAAAGGAACACCUGAACUAUACUGGAUCUGUGAAAGAGAGAGGAGUACUUCACCUCCUUACCUCCCUAAAACCAGAUCAGCAGAGGAAAGGUGUUAUUGUGGCCACAGACUGUAACUUCUCCCUGGCAGUUGCAUAUCAUGCUGCUGAGCUGCGGAUUCCUGUGUUUGUCAUCAUGCCAGCGAACAGCUCCCAGUCUCGACUACGCAUGUACCGUGAAUAUGGGGCCAUGGUGAUUUCAUAUGGCAGCACAGCGCAUGACUCCCAGCACCAUGCGCACCAUUUGGCAAAUGAGAAUGGUUACCUUUGCCUUGAGGAGGAUGACAGCGCAGUGUACUUGGCAGGACUGGGCACAGUGGGUAUGGAGAUCUAUGAGCAGGUGCCCAAACUGGAUGCAGUUAUCAUACCUGCAGGUGGGCAGUGUGGCCUCCUGGCAGGUGCAGCUGCAGCAAUCAAGCAUCUAAAUCCCAACAUAUCAGUCAUAGGAGUAGAACCAGAGGAGUUUCCCCUCUUACUCCAAUCUCUUAAAACGGACUCUCCAAUUAAGGAUCUCUAUGGCAACCCAAACAGAAAGCUCUACAGAGAUCUGGUAGCACAUUCCAUGGGGACAAACUCUUUCCAGCUUGCCAAGAAGCUUGUGAACAAAGUUGUCACAGUGAGAGAGGAAGAUGCCCUGGUCGCUAUGCUGAGGUUUCAGGAGUAUGAACGAUCCAUGGUUGACAUGGAGGGAGCCAUGGGAUUGGCAGCUAUCAUAGCUGGGCUGCUGCCAGAACUUAAAGGUAAAAGGGUAACAAUAGUUGUCAGCAGUGCUAACAUGGAGCUGGACCUUGUGAGACAUUGUGUGGAUCGGGCCUUGUUCUUAGAUGAUCGUGUCAGCCGAUUCACAGUACAUAUUGGUGAAUGGCCUGGAGAAUUGGCCAAAUUGCUAGAUAUGCUAGCUCGUGAAGAUAUUAGGUUGUUGGAUAUUUGUAACAGGAGAUACAGUGACAAAGCAGAUCUCUUUAAAACCCAGGUGGAGUGUGUGGUGGAAACCAGGGAUAAGACACAAAAUUGCCAGCUAAGACGAACACUCUCAGAACGCUACCCUACACUGUGUUGGAUGGAUCGGUGACCCCAAUUAUAGAGCCACUGCUAAACAUAUUCCUUUACACAGACACAGAACCUGAGUGCAGGAAAAAGAGGAGUUGCAAGUUUUGAGUCACAACAUGUAUGCACGUAGUUCACUGUAGACCUUCUCUGAGAAUGAAAACAGCUGGCAGAGAUUACAAACAUUUCUGCAAAAACAUGUAGGACACUACAUUCCAUCAAUGGUCAUUCAAAGAGUCAUUAAAAACAUCAAAUGUGAAAAAUUAAUAUUAAUUUAUCAAAUGAAUAUCUAUUAAAUAUUAAUUUAUCAAAUUAAUUACUUUGUAUAUAAGUUAUUAUACUGUAGUUUUCUAUUAUCAGUUUUUGAUUCUCAGCAUUAUAAUUUGUCAUAGAAUUUUUCUUUGUUUUUGUUAAAACAAACUUCAAGCCAAAACGUUAACAACAAGCUAAAAGGUCAAUAACUGGUCUACAAAAGGUAUGUAGGUGGCAGAAAGGUUUCCAUUGUAAUUACUAGCCUAGUGAUUGGACAUUUUUCUGACUGAAUGAGGUAAAAAUAGAGUAACACUUUCAUUCUUAAUUUGUGACAAUUUAUUGCAGGUUGUCUAAGAGACAGCCUCAGCUUGAAAGGCUACUAUUCAGUUUUCCGAGUUACUGCUUAGAUUUUGACAACAGAAUAUCAUAUAUGUCACAAUCGAUAUGGGUCAUAUCAAUCAUCUUUCAUUGGCACUGUUAUCUGAAGGAUACUUUUUGUUUGAAACAAUCAACAUCAUUAACAGCUCUGUAAAGAAGCAGGAAUGCAGUCAUGAUAGACACAGGAAAUAAUUUUAGACAAUUAUGCCCCUAUGACGCUGGCAAAUUUUCUAUGGAGAUGAAGUUUCCGAUGAAGAAGUGUGAUACGCCUACAGCGUACAUUUGCGCCACAGUGUCCCCCUUUUACAAGGAGUUUUAAUUUUAGAUUAUUAUGGGAACACAAUUCUUACAAUCGGUACAUCUUGGCACAUCCAGAACCCCAAGAGAACCAAAGCCUGUUUAGCUGAGCACAGGAUCAGCAGGACAGAGAAGAGACAGAGGUGCAAGCAUUUUCCAAGAUCUGCUUGUGAUAUCCAUGCUGUCUCUCUGAAGGUGCUGCUCUCACCAAAUAGGCUACUAGUGAUUUGGGAUAUUCCGUGGGCAGAAAAAAAAACACCUGAUGCAUAAAAAGGAAGAACAAAUGGUACUGCUAAAGGGACUUUGCAAACUCUGUUUGUUUACAAAAUUAAACACUUAAAUGCAAUCUCUACAGACUACAAUAUGUGAAAUCAAAAGAAAUGGCAUGAUUGUCACCCAUUACAUAAAUGCAUAUUUGUUUAUUGUUUAAGUAAGCAGUAGCCAGAAACAUUUCAGGGUUCAGUCCCCAGCUGCCACAGUUGUGCCCUCGAGCAAGGCACUUAAUCCUAAAUUGCUCAGGGGAAACCGGCCCUUGUAAGAAUUGACAUUAUGUAAUGCACUUAAAGCAUCAGCCAAAUAAAUAUGAGAUAUGUAGGCAUAAAAAAAAGAAACUUGGGUAUUGAUUUUGUUUGUGUCAAGCGCAUUCAAAUGCUCCCUGUAAGAAAGGAAAAUACUGUCACGACUGUCAUCUAUGCUUCCGGCAGAAAGUUUGAGUUUUGAGAUGAAUAAGCCACCCAGGCUGAAUAAGGGAGAUUCCGCUUGGAGAAAUUGGCAACAAAAUAUGUUCCUCUGCAAAAUAAUUUAGAAUAGGCUGUUUGCUUUUUUGCUACCCACUAUUUUUCCGCUUUUGUUUUAAAACUGUCUUAUCCUUCAGUUGUUUGUAUCCUCAAACUAGGGGCCUUUUCUACUUCAGAUUUCCUUAUCCAUCUACAUUCAAUCCAACAUAUUAGACAUUCACGAAAACUGAAAAUUCUGGACGUUAACCCACACUAUGUUCUCUAUUGAAAUGUUCAUACAUUCAUGGCAAUUGUGACCACGAAUUAAAUCUUUGUUUGAAACUAAAAGUGGACACCACACACUAUUUAUCUUGGUAUGUAAAGAGGAGUAUACAGGUAUGAGCAAAUUUUGGGUUUCAUUACAUGUUAAGGCAGUGCACAAGUUGUAACUAUUAUUAUAAUUGAUAUUGACAUGAUAAAUAAACCAGGACAACUGGACCAUACUGUAGUUAAUUGGCUUCAUCCUUUUAGAAUAGAAUACUUUGAGAAGACACUGAUAAUGAAUUGUCUCUGCCAUAUUGUCACUCUUUCCUAUCCGUACAAAUCAGUACAAAAAUCCAAAACUAGUCAAAAAGAUAAAACAGUGGUACAUGUUUAAUCAGAGAACAGGUGUACUAUAUAUGUGUGUGUGUGUGUGUUGAUUUCAUGAUAUAAACAUAAUGUUUGAAUUAAGAGCAUGUUGAGCAAAAACAUUAUGACCACCUUUCUAAUAAGUUGUACCUCUGUGUAGUGCAAUAUCAAUUUGUCAACAAGACACACUGUGACUUGUUGCCCUGUGGGACUUCCUGGAGAAAUAAUUCAAUUGUAAGGUGGCACAGGUCAAUGGUGCACAUUGUUCCAAAGUCCAGUUAUUAUGCUUGUGUGUUUUGUGGGGUCUUUUAACUAUACCCUGGUGCUGACAAGGGUACUCUGACCAUUUCUCACUACAGAGCCCUAUAUGUAGCAGUAUGCAAUGCACUCACACCUUGUAACAAUAAAAUGUAAAAAAAUGUAAACACUGACUCUUGUAACAAUGAAAUAAAAAAAUUAUAUGA